GUAGCUCAGCAUGUCCUCCAGUACAAGCCACGCUCAGUCGUCGAACCCAUGGGGAAGUUCAAGCACGUCUUCAGCGCUUGGUUCGUCCCUUACGGACACCUUUGGUCAGUCACGAACACACUACCAGUCAGGGUACAUGAUGUCCUCUGUGCAAAAUAAUGUUAUGCCACAGAGCGCUCAGCAUGUCGAAGAAAUCCCAACUGUGCAGACUAAAGCCAAAAUGAAUAUGGGUCUCUCCCGUGGCGCAUCAAACUUUGGUGUCGAGUCCAUGUUUGAGUCAUCCUCGCGAGGCCAGCCAUUUGCCGACCAAGACGCGCCUCCUACAAUGUCCAUUCACGACUCAUUCAAUGACCCGAACUUUGGCAUGUCGGAAAGAACUUUCCAACGCAGCAUGUCGGUUGGUCAUAACCGCCUCAUUUCCUCCACAUCUCGAACGCCUCAACCCGAGUCCUCGCAGCAAUCUCAGACCUACUACGUCAUCGUCUUUGGGUAUCCUCCCGAUAAAUACAGCCUCACUGUUGAGUACUUCCAAGGCAUCGGUGAGGCCACCCAUGCAGAACGGCACACCGAGCUUGUCAACUGUUUCAGAAUUGGGUACAAAGAUCCUGCGGAAGCGAUACGUGCUGUUCGCCGCAAUGGCGAAGUUCUAUCGGGCAGCUGGAUGAUUGGCGUCAAGUGGGAGGACCCCUUGCAAGCGGACGCCCUUGGCCUGUCCAUGGCUGGUCGUGCGCUUAAAAGCCCAGAAUUUGGAGCCACUCCGUCACCAAAUGGCAUGUCCGUCGAUACCUCGCCCCUGCAUGACCCGCAUAGCUCGAUAGGUACACCGAUUAAGCUUGCCCCACCGAUGUCAGCGUUCCGGCAAGGAGGUCCUCAGCCCUCACCCCCAAAGCCUAGCACUCCGCAGUUCAAAAUGCCUGCCCCAGCAGCUCCUGGUCACGCAGCCACGCCCUCAAAGAGUAUGAUAGGCCAAGUCUCGGACCUCCUGUUUGGCUGGUAGAACAUCUUAGAGAUGUUAUAUCCUAGAUAUAUAACGACACUUUUGGAUUUAAU